GCCCGGGACCGAGCCAGGCGCGAGCCGCUCGCUCCCCGCCGCGAGCCCCAGGUGUCUCCUUCCGGAGGGAAAUGACACCCGAAAUUAGAACCGGGGAAGCCCUUCGCCCUUGCGGUCCUCCUGCCGGCUCAUGUGUCUUCUUAGAUCGGAUGAACUGUAAACAUUAAAAAGAUAGAUUAUCUUACAGCGCCUACUUUUAGGAUGGUGCGCUGGCUACUGAACUUGACGGCUUAUGUAAAGCAGGCGACUGGAACUGGGUCACCUGGCAGCCACCUCCAGGCUCCCACCCCUGAUGGCGGUGUCAUUUGCGGGGGGCGGGGAGCGGGGGCAGGGCGGUCCGCAGGGAUCCACUCCUAAUUCUUUAGCAAGUGCCCUUGUUUCUCCUCCAGCGCCCUGACGACAGCCCCUACCUGGUGCACUUCCCUCCGUGCCAACAUCUCGUAAGCGCCGUUUAAAAGCUAUGUAAGAAAAUCCAUUUUAAGAUUUAUUCUUCUGUGAUGGAGAAGUAUGAAAAAAUCGGGAAGAUUGGAGAAGGAUCCUAUGGAGUUGUUUUCAAAUGCAGAAACAGGGACACGGGUCAAAUCGUGGCCAUCAAGAGGUUUCUGGAAUCAGAAGAGGACCCUGUCAUAAAGAAAAUCGCCCUGCGAGAAAUCCGCAUGCUAAAGCAACUCAAGCAUCCCAACCUUGUGAACCUCCUGGAAGUCUUCAGGAGGAAGCGGAGGCUUCACCUGGUGUUUGAGUAUUGUGACCACACAGUGCUCCAUGAGUUGGACAGAUAUCAGAGAGGGGUACCAGAGCAUCUCGUGAAGAGUAUAAUUUGGCAGACACUGCAGGCUGUAAAUUUCUGCCAUAAACACAAUUGCAUACACCGAGAUGUAAAACCAGAGAAUAUCCUCAUCACAAAAUAUUCAGUGAUUAAGCUUUGUGACUUUGGAUUUGCUCGGCUUUUGACUGGACCAAGUGACUACUAUACAGACUAUGUGGCUACCAGGUGGUACCGCUCCCCUGAAUUACUGGUGGGGGACACUCAGUAUGGCCCUCCCGUAGAUGUGUGGGCCAUUGGCUGUGUCUUUGCUGAACUACUGUCUGGAGUGCCUUUGUGGCCAGGAAAAUCAGAUGUGGACCAGCUCUACUUGAUUAGGAAAACCUUGGGGGACCUUAUCCCUAGGCACCAGCAAGUAUUUAGCAUGAAUCAGUACUUCAGUGGAGUGAAAAUUCCAGACCCUGAAGAUAUGGAAACACUUGAGUUCAAAUUUCCAAACAUUUCGUAUCCUGCACUGGGGUUCUUAAAGGGUUGUCUCCACAUGGACCCUGCUGAGAGGCUGACGUGUGAACAGCUAUUGCAGCACCCUUAUUUUGACAGCAUCAGAGAAGCAGGGAGUUUAGCAAGAGAACAUGACAAACCAAUGAAGAAGCCCCCAAGAACAAGCCGAAAGCACCUGCCUGGGGUAAAAAUGGCACACUGCUUUACAGAAACAUCCAAGUUGCAGUACCUACCUCAGCUACCUGGCAGCAGCAUCCUUCCAGCUUUAAACAAUAAAAAGAACUAUUGUAACACCAAGAAAUUUAACUACCACUUUCCAAACAUUUAAGGAGCUAGGAAAGUGGCAACAUAGGAAGAACUGGUCAAUAAUUUGAAGAAAACAAACUUACACAUUUGAUUGAAAACAAUUUCCAGUGUUAAAAACAGACAAGGAACAAACAGAAACAAGUUACUGGUAGCCACUUGGCAAGAUCUAAAGGGAAAAUUCCACAUCCAGUUGUCUAUUUGGUGAUGGUGACCAGAAUAGAAGUUUGAAGUCUCACUUGCGAUGUUAGUUAUCUAAGCAGCUAGGGUAAUUAAUGGAAAAAACAUAAACUGUAUAUACUGCCUAUAUUUCUGAUAAGGUAGAUGAUGUCAUAUAGAUUUAUAUUUCAGUUGUAUAUGUCACAUAUGAAAAUGGAUUGCAAAAUGCUCAUAUGUGUUUUUUGGAUCUGUGUUGACUUGAGUCCUGCCUUUUGUCUUUCAGAUUGUUUCAACAUCAUAUUUAAGGAUAAUUUUAGUUCUUCAAAUGAAAAUUUCUUUCUUGC